AUGUCGUUGUGUGUUAUAAAUGAUGUAGUUUGUCGAACUGCUUUUGGUAGAAAAUUCGGAGAGGGAGGAGGUAAGCUUCGUAGAAUUCUUCAAGUAACCCAAGAAAUGAUUGGUACGCCCCAGAUUGCAGAUAUCUUCCCAUGCAUGGGUUGGAUCCACAGGUUUGAUGGAGUAGACGCAAAAUUAGAGGAUACUUUUCAGCAACUAGACAAUCUUUAUGAGAUCAUAAUGGAUGAACACCUCGAGCCCCAGAGGCCUAGCCCUGAAUUUGAAGAUUUUGUCGAUGUGUUGUUCCGGCUUCAGAAGGACCCUAGUCAGAGCAUCUCCUUUAGUAGAGAUCAAAUUAAGGGAAUCCUCACGGACAUAUUUGUUGCUGGAACCGAUACAUCUUCUGCAACAAUAGUGUGGACUAUGACAGAACUGGUUAGGAAUCCAGUAGUGAUGGAAAGAGUACAGGAGGAAGUGAGAAGAAUCCUAGGCAAUAAGGAGUUCGUAGAAGAAAGUGAUCUUCCCAAACUGAACUACUUGAAGUUAGUGUAUUAUCUGCGCUUCCAAUACAGGUUGACUGACAGGUAUGCUGUUUGA